AUGUCGCCCUGGACGGGUUCGAAGCUCUUGGUUGGGCUUCCCAAGGGAACACCGCGCAUCAAAUAUAUCAAUAUGAGAGAAUUGGAAAGCGCAAUUAAGAGCCGUGCGUCAGAAUGCUACGAAGAUGGCUGCAAAGGCACCUUCCUUGUAGUGACGGCAAUACCCUCUACUUUUAUCACAGAAGCGGACGAGUUCUACGGUGAUAGAAGCCCACGGUUCGCCAUCAAUAUUGACGAAAGCCUUGCAGUCAUCGAGACAAUGCUUCCUAAGCCACACGAAAUCCUGGCCCAGAACCUUGUCAUUCACGUAGGGAGUGCCAUAGACCAGAUGGGGCUACGGAGGGUUUACAACCCCAGUGGCGCGGCAAACAUGAACAGCCCAAACCGGGCAAAUAUAACGUCCACCAAGCAACCAGACGGGAGUUUCUUCAUCGAAAGAGAACAAUGGCCUACUCUAAUAAUCGAGAUUGGAUUAUCUGAGAGUAUAAGGAAGAUGGCCAUGGAUGCUCAUUGGUGGCUAGAGGCUGAAGGGUCUUGCACCCUGAUUGUGAUUACAGCAAAGAUUGACAGGGAAAAGCCAUUGAUAACAUUCCAGCGCUGGGAGCAUCACCAUCCGCCGCACCGCCCCAUCACCCGUCGUUGUUAUCCAAAUAGCGCGGUGGUACAGGAGGUCCGUGCCGUCCAUGAAAACGGCGUGACAAGAGUCACUGGCAACAUAAUACUACCUUUUGAAAAAAUGUUGCGUCGAUGCAAGGAGACCAAAAAAGAAAAAGACAUCGUUAUUGAGCGAGAUGUAUUAAUAGACUUUGCCGAAGCAACGUGGAAAAGCCAGCAGUUUAUGUAG